GGCCAGCUGCCUCUGCGUCUCUCCUCAGAGCCACCCCUGACUCUGGCCUGAGUCCUAGGGCCACAGGGCGCGUCCCCAUGGAUCUGCCUUACUACCACGGCCCUCUGUCCAAGACUGACUGUGAGAGUUUGCUGCUCAGGGAAGGGGUGGACGGCAAUUUCCUGUUACGGGACAGCGAGUCGGUGCCCGGGGCUCUGUGCCUCUGCGUCUGGUUUAAACGUUUCGUCUACACAUACCGCAUCUUCAAAGAGAAACACGGGUGUUACAGCAUCCAGACUGUGGAAGGCACUCAGAAACUGGUGUUUUCAAACCUAAAGGAACUGAUUUCCACAUUUGAGAAGCCAAACCAAGGGCUGGUGGUUCCCCUUUUGAAGCCAGUCAAGAGAAGCAGGCCCUGCUUGAGGUGGAGAAGGUCGAAGGUCGAGCUGGAUGGCACUUACGAGAACUGUAACAGUGAUUACGUGCACGUCUUGCCUUGAAGAGAAGGAGACAGAAGAAGCCGUUAGAGACGACGGGAUGAGCCUCUUCUCCCGCACAUGUGGGUCUGUUUGGAAGGCUGAGUCCUCAGUGCCAGUCCAGGCUGUCCUAGUCUGGAGACUGGGUGCUCUGUGCACCCACGUCAGCUCCAAACGCUUCCCUGCAGGGCGACCUGAACCCCCUCCCUGACUCACUAGAGGCACGACCCGGCGUCUCGGUGACACCCGCCUUGCACCAGGAUCAGGCAGCCAGAGGGGCAGCUCCCUGGAGGGGCCUUCUCCCCCCAGCCUGGAUGACCCACAUUUCUGCUUUCCAAUCUGGGUCUUCCUGCCUUAUGUCCCUGGACACUUUCUCCCCGACUUUUCCUAUUUCAUUUGCGCCCCACUCACUCAGCAGCGUGGCUGCCGCUCUGAACAGUGACGCCUGCGGGUGCUUUUAAGGAGCCUGGGUGGCUCCUGUUCCCAGGUAGGCGUUACAUCCCCCAGAGCGUGGCCUCCUGUCCCUAUGUCCCCCUCUGGGCGCUGCAGCUUCUAGAUUGCAUGGGCUGGAAGUACAUCCUCACGACCUACAGCCUUGGUUCUAAGGGCCUUUGAGCUUUGCUGCUCGCUCCGAGUUUUAAGACCCGAUUAGUGUGGGAUGCACCAAAUUCUAUGCCCAUUUCUUACACACCUUCCCCCGCUGGCCUGACCUUUCAAAACUGUGAAGGAGAGGACCCCAGAGUUCCAAACAAUGUGAAUGGACACUGUGGCUAGAACCCAAAGUGUGAGCCACUCUGAGUUCUUGGGUCACAGCGAGCUGUAGCUGCCACCAACUGAAGCCACAUUCAGGGAGCAGAGAGAGCCAGACCCUUCUGCUCGGUUCUGUGAAGGGCACCGGAAGCCACUCUUUGAUUCUCUCUCCGUGCUACAGAGAAGCACAUAGCCAGAGCCCACAGUAAUGCUUGGCACAGAAAACAUAUUCAGGGGCUGUUUCUGGACUCAAUGGCGGACUGAAUCAAUAUAAAAUGUGGCCACUGCUGGUGGCAGAGACUUGCCUGAGCGUUACACUCCAAACCCCGGCAGAACGAACGAGACUCCUUGUAAGAGCAAGAGCUUUCAGUGCAGCGCUCAUGGAAGCCACCUCUGUCUCCCUGAGCACCUCACCUGGCACUGGCACCGGCACUGCAACGCUGCCCUGUCUCCACUGGGGCUCCAGCACGUCCCAAGCCAGCAGGCCACUUACUAGCUGAUGUGUAUGUCACGCUGCGUGUCCCUGAAAUGUGCCAGGGACUGGAUGCAUCAGGUGAAGGACAGCUGAGAGGUCUGCACGAGGGAUACACGACAGCCAUUUCAAGUGUCUGAGUGUCUUCUGUCCCUUCUCCUCCGGCAUCAGACGGACGUGACACUGAUGAAACUGAUGGUGUUCCAUCAGCCGUGCACUGCUUCACUUUCUCUCGUUGUAUUACUUUUUAUAAACUGUUGGAUUUGGUGAAUUAACAUUGCAUUUAAGAUUUCUGCUUCAAAAACUCAUAAACUAAAUGGAACUGUAACUGACUCACUCACGAUAUUAGUAUAAAAUGAAUGACGCUUUCCCCUUCAUCUGUUUUUGUCACAACUUUGUAAGGUAAGAUGAUUUGUUCCUUUAAAAUUUGUUAGUAUUUUUGUAAAACUAAGUUUGAGGCCGUGGUGAGAGGAGGAGGAAGCCUUGUGACUGUUUAGAUCAUCUCACGAGCUUAUUCAAUUCGUUGGCCAAUUUUGGCAUUCUUUGUUUUUCCAGGAAUGUAUCCAUUUUGCCUGUUCUCUCAAUGAUUGGCACCUAGUUCAUAAUAUUCUUCUCUUAUUUUAACUACAGUCACACCUUUGCCCCAUAUCUCAUUUGCAUCUCACGUUUUUAUUAACCGAUUCGAUCCAUCUUACUAAUCCUUUCAAAGCCAGCUUUCGGAUUUGUGGACCUCUGCUGUUACCGUUUUUAGGUUGUUAUUCUGUAUUUCACAGAUACUUAUUUUCAUUUUUUUGAGCUUACUUUCAUUUUAUGAGCUUACCUGGCUGGUUUUCAGUGUUUACUGUUUUCUAAUAAAUAUGCUUAAAGCCGUGACUUCAGCUCCUACCACUACUUUCGGUGUCUCCCCCACAUUGAACGUGAAUGGUGUUUAUUGUUGUUCGGGUCCAAGGACUUUUAACGCCUGUAAAAGUAUCCUUGUCUAUCCAAGGACUAUUUAGCCAUUUGUAGUUGUUUUCAAACAUGUAUUUCGGUUUUCCUUCCAGUACAGCUCCCACACUACGUAGCGUUAGGGUUAGACAGCAUAGUUUGACUUGAUUCUUGCUGACCUGGUACCUGCGAAUAUUCUGUGAAUAUUUCAUUUGUUUGAAAAGAAUCGUUUCUUCUAUUUGUUUUAAGCUC